AUGACGCAAUCUGUUCUUCUUUCCGUCUUUAUACUACUACUAUCAUCAUCAUCAUCAUUCGUUGCACCCAUCCACGCCCGCAAAUCAAAUCCAGCAAAGUCUCCCUCGGUGGUAGCAACUCCGGCUCCAGGACCGUCAAAUUCUGAUUGCUCGACCGUAAUAUACGACAUGAUGGAUUGUCUAUCGUACCUUACCCCAGGAUCAAAUGACACUAUGCCAGGGAAAGCGUGUUGUGACGGAAUCGAAUCUGUUUUAAAAUACAACCCUAAGUGUAUUUGCGUCGGCUUACAGAGUAGUCAAAGUAUGGGAAUGGCAUUGAAUAACACUAGAGCUCUUGCUGUGCCUAAGACUUGCAAGAUCCCUAUUGCUGCUCCCCAUUGCGGUAUAAUUCCAGGCGCAUCGACACCGGGUGCAUCUACUCCUGGUGUGUCUCCGGUUUCUCCAUCGGCUGGAACACCUAUGACUUCACCAUCUUCAGCUGAGUCACCGACAACUUCUCCAUCUUUGGCUGAGUCACCAGCAAUGACUGCACCGUCUCCCUCGAGUUCUGGCACCACCAACCUCUCAGUUUCUACACUGACCCGCGUUGCCGUUAUUAUUUCUUCUAUGAGUUACAUUUCGGCUUUUUCUAAUUAA